CAGUUGUUUUGUGUUUACACGAAAUCCCGUUCGAAGUUCGUCUGUUUACAUCCGCGCGUUGCAUCUUAUCGCGAAAUCAGUGAUUCAGUGUUAACUUCCCGCAUUUCCGCCCCGUCACGAUGAGUUCCGCGGAAGUGACCGCCGCCGCUAAACCAGCAGACGCCCCGGAACACUGCCCGGGAACGGCCAGCGAAUCGGCCGGAAAAGCAUCCGCCUGUGCCGGCUGUCCGAAUCAGCAGAUUUGCGCCACCGGACCAAAGGGCCCCGAUCCGUCGAUUGCACUGGUCAAGGAGAAGCUUCGGGAGGUCCGGAACAAGGUGCUGGUGCUGUCGGGGAAGGGUGGCGUGGGGAAGAGUACCGUUACGGCACUGCUGAGCCGUGCCAUGGCCCAGCACAAUCCGGACCGGAACUUUGGCGUGCUGGACAUUGACAUUUGUGGACCGUCGCAGCCGCGGGUUUUGGGCGUGCUCGGCGAGCAGGUGCACCAGUCCGGAUCCGGCUGGUCGCCCGUGUACAUCGAGGACAAUCUGAGCCUGAUGUCGAUCGGGUUUUUGCUGGGCAGUCCGGACGACGCAAUCAUCUGGCGUGGGCCGAAAAAGAACGGAAUGAUUCGUCAGUUUUUGACUGAGGUUGACUGGGGCCAGCUGGACUACCUGGUGCUGGACACUCCGCCGGGGACCUCCGACGAGCACCUGUCGGCGGCAACAUUCCUCAAAGAAACCGACGGACGCUGGGGAGCGGUCCUGGUGACGACCCCGCAGGAAGUGGCCCUGCUGGACGUGCGCAAGGAAAUCACCUUCUGCAAGAAGAUGGCCAUCCCGGUGGUCGGCGUCGUCGAGAACAUGUCCGUGUUUGUGUGUCCCAAGUGCGCCACGGAGUCGGACAUCUUUCCGGCGAAAACGGGCGGCGCCGAGCGGAUGUGUGCCGACAUGGAGGUGCGGUACUUGGGCAAGCUGCCGCUGGAUCCGCGGCUGGCCAAGUGCUGCGAUGAGGGGAAGGAUUUCCUGGCGGAACAUGCGGGCAGUCCGACGGUGACGGCGCUCAAGGGCAUCGUGGCCCGCGUGCAGGAGUUCUUCGAGGCGGAGUGAGUUUUUCUUGGGAUGAUUUAUGCCAACUGCGGAGCGGUUAUUAAAGUUUGUUUCGUAAAAUGA